AUGGUUCAUUUGUCCAAAGUUGCCAGCACUGUUGCGGCUGCUGCAUUCAUCGCGCCUUCUUUCGCUCAUCCCGGCGAGCACCACGAUCACCAUGCCAUUAAGCGUGAGAUUGCAGCUCGUGAACAUCUGGCCAACCACUUCAAACGAUCUGUCGAUACCUGCAGUGGAAGCGCAAAGAGUGCCUCGAUCGCCGCUCGCUCUGCUGCACGCCGCAGCAAGAUCGCCUCCGAGCUUCGCCUGAAGCGUGGUAUUGCUUCUUCGCCUCAGAAGUUCAGACGUGACUUGGCCACGCUCGAGAAGUUCGAAGCCGUCAACCACAAUCAGACUGAUUCGGUGGACGGUGACUACUCGGCCUUUGAAGCUUCAGUUUUCUCCGCCAACACCAGCUGUGUCUUGACUCCCGAGGUCACUGAUGGUCCUUACUAUGUCACUGGCGAACAGAUCCGUAGCAACGUCAAGGAAGACCUGUAUAGUGAUGGCGUUGAUCUCUACCUCGAGGUUCAGUACAUCGACAUCAACACUUGCGAGCCUGUUUCUAACGUUUGGGUUGACAUCUGGAACGCCAAUGCGACUGGCGUCUACUCUGGUAUCUCUCUCAGCGGCAAUUACGCUGCAGAUGGCUACAACUCGACCUAUCUUCGUGGCAUUCAAGAGACUGACUCCGAUGGCGUUGCCACGUUCGAGACCAUUUUCCCUGGUCACUACGAGGGUCGUGCAACCCACACUCACCUCCUAUCCCACAUGAACGUCACAGUCUUCCCCAACAAUACCAUCUCCGCCACAAACAACAUCACUCACAUUGGCCAACUCUUCUGGGACACGGCUCUCCGCGCUGCAGUCGAGGAAGUCUAUCCAUACAGUACUAACACCCAGGCCGUCACAACCAACGACGAUGACAUGUGGGAUAUUGUCCAAGCAGGCACCACCUACGAUCCCUUCCCUCAAUACAUUUAUCUCGGGGACGAUAUCAGCGAUGGUCUGUUUGCCUGGAUCCAGAUCGGUCUCGAUACCACUGCCAACUACAUCGAUGCUGAGUAUUACUCUGUGGCUGCUUACGUCGAUGCAGACGGUGGUCAUGCCUCUUCGAACUCGUUCACUGGUGGUGAUAGCGGUUCUGGUGAUGCUGGAAAUGGAACUGCACCUGGAGAUGCCAACGCAUCGGGAUCUGGCGCACCAUCG